AUGCCUCCCUUCGGUGGACGUGGUGGUGGUCCUCGCGGCGGUGGCCGUGGCGGUCCUCGUGGAGGUGCUCGCGGAGGCUUUGGCGGUGGUGGCCGUGGAGGAUUCGGUGGUGGUGGCCGUGGAGGAGGCUUCGGCGGUGGCCGUGGCGGCAUCGGAAAGGGUGCUCCCCGUGGCCGUGGCGGUCCUCGCGGCGGCGGUCGCGGUGGCCGUGGCGGAGGUGCCCCCGGACAGAAGGGCGGCGCCAAGGUGAUUGUCGAGCCUCACCGUCACGCGGGCGUGUUCGUGAUCCGCGGCGGCAAGGAGGACGGCCUGGCCACGCGCAACAUCACGCCCGGCGAGUCGGUGUACGGCGAGAAGCGCGUGUCGGUGGACGAGACGCAGCAGAACGACGACGGCACCACGACGACGACCAAGGUCGAGUACCGCACGUGGAACCCCUUCCGCAGCAAGCUGUGCGCCGCCAUCGCCGGUGGUGCCGACGACAUCUACAUGAAGCCCGGCUCGCGCGUCCUGUACCUGGGCGGCGCCUCAGGCACGUCCGUCUCCCACGUCGCCGACCUGGUCGGCCCCACGGGCUACGUCUACGCCGUCGAGUUCUCGUCGCGCUCCGGCCGCGACCUCGUCGGCAUGGCGUCCAAGCGCACAAACGUCGUCCCCAUCGUCGAGGACGCCCGCCAGCCGGCCCGCUACCGCAUGGUCGUCCCCAUGGUCGACGUCAUCUUCGCCGACGUCGCCCAGCCCGACCAGGCCCGCAUCGUCGCCAUGAACGCAAACUGGUUCCUCAAGGCCGGCGGCGGCGUCCUCAUCUCCAUCAAGGCCAACUGCAUUGACAGCACCGCCCCCGCCGCCGAGGUCUUCGCCAACGAGGUCCAGAAGAUGCGUGCCGACGGCAUCAAGCCCAAGUACCAGCUCACCCUGGAGCCCUUCGAGCGUGACCAUUGUCUCGUCGCCGGUAUCUUCAACCGUAUCCAGAAGUCGACCUAA